AUGUCUGGGCUGAACCUUUCCCAAGUUCCAAAGAGACCAAGAGAAUGGCCUUCGAGCAGGAGUGGCAGUUCUGCCAAUAAGAACAAGAAUCAAGUUGCGACAAGACGCAAGCAUCAAGAGAGAGAAUUGAAACCGUUGAAGAACAAGUUAAAAUCUGGUAUUCGUACCAAAGAAGGAAGUCACAGUACUAAAGACAGUAAAGCUAUCCUUGAAGCAAAGCACAAUCUAUGUUUCCAACAGAUUGGGAAUGAGAUGAAAGCUGAUUAUGAAGAGCACGAUGCUAUUCUGAUCGCUCAUUGCAUGAUGCAGAUCAAGGCCAAGUUCGAUACUGACAAAGGUCUGAACUUCAUUCAACAGUAUUACAUCAAUCAAGGACUCAAGAAGUUUGGUGAUGAUGGAAAGGAUGCUGUGGAUAAGGAAUUGAGACAAAUGCUCCUGAGAGAUUGUUUUACUCCCAAAUUUGUGAAAGACAUGACCGCGUCUGAGGGAAAGAAGGCCCAAUCAGCGAUGAUGUUACUCGAGGAAAAGCAAUUCGAAAAGAAAAUUAAAGGUCGCCUAGUAUACCGAGGCGAUGGAACUCAAAGGCAGAGAUGUAUGACGCUGGACGUACCUAACGCUUUCAUUCAAACUUAUAUGCCUGAUGCUAAGGAAGGAGAAGAUCGUGUCUACAUGAAAAUCACUGGCAUGAUGGUCCAGAUAUUGAUUGACAUGGCCCCAGAGUAUCGCAAAUACGUUGUAUUAGAGAACGGAAAGCGAGUAACCUAUGUGCGGGUACUACGUGCUAUAUAUGGGAUGUUGCAAUCGAGCCUCCUAUUCUAUAAUCAAUUUUGA